AUGAACCAGGAAUCACUGACAUUCAACGAUGUGGCUAUGGAGUUCACCUUGGAGGAGUGGCGGCUCUUGGACCCUGCUCAGAAGAAACUAUACUGGGACAUGUUGUUGGAGAACUAUCGCAACCUGGUGUCCAUUGGGUAUCAAGUUAGCAAACCACAUGCGCUCUCCAGGUUGGAACAAGGAAAACAACCAUGGAAUGUAUCAGAGGAAAGCCAUCAUGGAAUCUUUUCAGGUAGGCAAAAAGUUGAUGAUCAUCUGCUUGGGCACCAACAAAAUGAAAGCAGGUUGGACAGCAUGGAACAACGCAGUGAACAUAAUGCAUUGGAAAAUAUUGUUCAUCGGCACAAAAAUCAUUUUCCUUUAAGGGAAAAUCAUGCUAUGUUUGACUUGCAUGAGAAGGCUAUGAAGUCAAAUAUAACUUCACCAGCAGUCAAUCAGAGCAGAAGUGAUGAGCCUAAAGGAGAUGAGAAAACCUUUCUCCAUGCUGACCAGAAGCAAUUUUGUACUGAAAUGCAAUUUCUUGAGAGUCAAAAAUCCAGCAGCACUGACUUCCAAAUCAUUAAGUGUUGGAAAACUUACAAAAUACAGAAAGCUCAUGUAUGCAGUGAAUGUGGGAAAGCCUUCAUGAGGAAGUCAUUGCUCACUGAGCAGCAGAAAUGUCACCCAGGAAUGAGUUCCUUUAUAUACAAUGAAUAUGGAAAAUCAUAUUCUCAGAAGUCAAAUCUUAUUAAACAUCAGAAAAUUCACAAAGGCGAGAAACCCUUUAAAUGCAGUGAAUGUGAGAAGAGCUUUGACAAGAAGGAAAAGCUCAUUGAUCAUAAAAGAUUUCAUACAGGAGAGACUCCAUAUGGCUGCAAUGAGUGUUUGAAAACUUUUGCCUCCGUGUCUUGCCUUUUAUCACAUAAAAGAAUACACACUAGAGAGAAAUGUGUAGAUUCAAUGAAUGUGGAAGACCCUUCCACAGCGAGUCACAUCAAGUCACAUACCACUGAUCUCCAGCAGGAGAAAAGCCCUGUUAAUACAGUGACUACAGAGAUGCCUUCUGUGGCAGGUCAGACAUCGGUAAACACCUCUGAGUGUCUAACAAAUAAGAACAUAGUCCUUGAGGGACAGCCUUUUGCCAGAUGUGAACCCACAGGAGAUGACAGAGAGUUUGUACAGGAGAGAAACCUUACGAAUACAGCAAAUGUGGAAGAGCCUUCAGUGAUCACUUACCUCAUCCUUUAUGUCACAUAAAACAAGUACAAUAAAGUGAG